UUACACGUCUCAGAGUUUGUUCUGCUUGGAUUCUGUAGGGGUCCAGGACUGCAGACCAUGCUAUUUCUGAUAUUUUUGACCCUGUAUGUCAUAGCUGUGUUGGGAAACUUCGGUAUGAUUGUAAUUAUCAAGACGGAUGCACGCCUCCAUACCCCGAUGUAUUCCUUUCUCCAAAGCCUCUCAUUGCUGGACAUCUGCUAUUCUUCCACAAUUGCCCCCAGGGCUCUGAUGAACUACAUGAAAGAGGACCGCAUGGUGUCCUUUGGCGGGUGCACUGCUCAGUUCUUCUUCCUGUCUCUCUUCGGCACCACGGAGGCAUUUCUCCUGGCUGCCAUGGCCUAUGAUCACUUCAUCUCCAUCUGCAACCCUCUUCUGUACCCUGUGACCAUGUCUCGCCGGGUCUGUGCACUGUUAGUGUUGGGCUCCUACUUGUGGGGUGUACUCAAUGCUGUUACUCAAGCAACAAUGACCUUCAGGUUGCCCUUCUGUAGGUCCAAUGAGAUCAAUGACUUUUUCUGUGAUGUCCCCCCACUCUUGUCCCUCUCAUGUUCAGAUACUUUUAUAAACCAACUGGUUCUACUUGAUUUCUGUUGUUCCAUUAUUGUCGGUACCUUCUUGGUUGUUCUGAUCUCCUACAUCUACAUCAUCUUAACCAUACUGAGAAUCCAGACAGUGCAAGGGUGCUGGAAAGCCUUUUCCACGUGCACCUCCCACCUAACUGGAGUGUGCUUGUUUUUUGGUACAGUUUUCUUCAUGUAUGCACAACCCAGUGCCACCGUCUCCAUGGAGCAAAGUAAGGUAGUGUCCGUCUUUUACACUAUUGUCAUCCCCAUGUUGAAUCCCCUGAUAUACAGCUUGAGGAACAAAGACGUCCAUCAAGCUUUGAGGAGGAGCAAGCAGAAGCUCUCUCUGUGA